AUGGCGGGCACAGGCAGCGGUCACGAUCAGUCUACGGACGUAUUUUCGGCCGAAGGACGCGUGUUCCAAGUGGAGUACGCCGGCAAGGCUGUCGACAACAGCAGCACCGCCGUUGCAGCAUGCUGCAAGGACGGCGUUGUCGUUGCGGUGGAAAAGAUUCACACGAGCCGCAUGCUGGAGAAAGGCUCGAACAACCGCAUCCACGCCGUAGACCGCCAGGCCGGCAUUUGCAUCUGCGGUCUCCUUCCGGACGGGCGCGCGAUUAUCUCUCGCGCGCGGCAGGAGGCGGAGAAUAGUCGCGACAUUUUCGCCACCCCCAUCCGCGGUGCGGUGCUGGCAAACCGCGUGGGGGAGUUCAUGCACGUGUACACCACACACUUUGCGUACCGCCCGUUCGGGUGCUCGGCCAUCAUUGCGUCGUAUGCUGAUGACGGACCGCAGCUGUUCGUUAGUGAUCCCAGUGGCACGGUGGCCGGGUACUACGGUGUUGCGCUCGGCAAGGCCAAGACAGUGGCAAAGAGCGAGCUGGAGAAGCUGGACUUUUCCAGCCUCACUUGCGAGGAUGCGGUAGGGAAGCUGGUCAGCAUCCUUCACGAUGUGCACGACAAGCAGAAGGACAAGCUUUACGAGGUGGAAGUUGCGUGGGUCUGCGACAAGUCGGAUCGCAAGUUCGUCCACGUCGCGACUGACAUGGUUCCGUCGGAAGCGUCGAACUGA